UCUCCAUGGUACUCCUGCGCCGCUGUGGCUUGCUGUCUUCCAUCAUGCUUGUGCGCGUGCUCUUCUCUUAAACUCGAUUGAUCUCCUUUCAUCUUGAUUUUCUUGUCGUGUUUCUAUCCCACUUGGGGAUUUCCAGCUGUCAUCUAGUCGAACGCACUGGCCCCAUACAUACCUCGAUCUGCAUAUGCCUAUCACCUGGACGUGAAGGCCCCAUCACUUGACUUAAUAUCACUUUCGAAGGUUUGACUGCAGGAACUAUGUCAGUCAACACUCCCGAUCAUGGCGUUGGAAAACCACGCCUCCACACUGCGCGCUCGUUCCCUCGAAUGGAUUCCUCUGAGCCCGGCCCUUUCAUCCGCUCCAGAGCCAAGACCGUUCAGUCGGUGGCAAUACCAGAACUGGUAGACUCGGAAUCGCUUCCUUUGCCUCUAUCAUCAGCAGAAGAUGAGCAGGAUUCCGGUCCAGACCUGUUUGAAAAGACAGGCUCCCCAGACUUGACACACCACGACGACGGGCAAGGGGAGGAAACAUCGGUUCUCUCGCGAGGCAUGCAAAACCACACGGAAGAGCUCCCAAUCGAGCUGAUCAGUCUUACCGAUAGAUUCGUCAACUCUCUCACUGCAAAAGUUCACUCGUCUCCGCCAACGGCCGACAGGGUUUCGGAUCGCUUCCAAGAAUUCUACGAACGGGCCGAAGCACAUAUUGCAACCCACAUAUCAGCUCUUGCGUCGCGCAUAAAUCGUGAUCCGUCGCCGUACGGCAGCAGAGGGAACUCGAACACUCAGGGCUCGGAUGGCCGGCAGAUGUUGACUGCCUCAGAAGUGACGGAAAAGAGGAUCGCUCGGAAGCAUCUGGCGUCCAAGCGCAUUGCUCUGGAGGAGGCUGUUGAGCGGAGGGCUUGCGAGAGCAUCUAUGACAAGUUAUGGAGGCAUAAAAGCACCCUGGAUGAAAUCAGGGACGAAAAGUUGCGCUCAAAGACGGCGGCGCUUCUCCUGGUUGGCAUAAACCUGAAAGAUCUUGGGAUAGAGCUCGAUGUAAGCUCUAUCAGUGAGGAGAAGCAGAAAGAGGCCGAUGACUGUCUUUCGAUCGCCCGUGAUUGCCUAGCAAAGAUGAAUGAUGAGAAAUAUCCAUUGGGCAAGCUUCAACAACUGGCCGCCGCGCACAAGGCCAUAGUUGAUGCUCUGACCAAAUUACUGCCGUCAUCAUCGUCUGCUGAUGAGAUUCUACCUACUUUGAUCUACUGUCUCAUUACCAGUCCUCCCGAAGGGAUGAACGUCAUAAGCAAUCUGCUCUUCAUACAACGAUUCAGAUCAUCCAGUAAGAUGGAUGGUGAGACCGCUUACUGUUUGACAAACCUUGAGGCCGCUAUCAGUUUCCUCGAGAAUGUUGAUCUGUCUGAUCUCCGCGGAGGAGCGCUGCAUGAAGAGCAGACAAAACCCUCGAGUGAUGAUUCGACGACAGUCGCGAAGACUGACUCCCCUCAGCCUACCAAGGAUACACCAGUUUCAUCGGUCACAUCAGCGACUGCCUCACCCGAACUAUCAAGGCCAACUGGACCAGGGGCAUCGGCCACAUUUCCAAGAACACAGUCUACGAGAAAUACUCAGCAAGGCCGGCUGAAUAACCUAUUCCAGCCUCCCGUGAAGGUACUCGGUGCUGCGAACGACGCAGUCCGUAGCACCGCAGACCAGGGCUUGAAAAAUAUAGGUGCAUCCUUGGACAGCAGCUUCAACUUCCUUUUUGGUCGUUUGAAAGAAUUACAAACUACUCAAUUUGCUACCAAAGACGGAGGAACCCCAGUUGUGCCAAAGACACUAGCAGAAGCUCGACGUCUGGUUACAUCGCCGAUUGCGUCUGAGAGCAGUCUGAACCCUGAUACUAAUGCAGCCCGCGAGCCUCGUGCCACGGAUCGACCGCAACUGCGGCGAAUCGGCUCCAAAGCAGAAGAUACUCUCUUAGGGUUGGUUGGUGGUCAGAGAACGCCUCGCGAUAGAAGUGCGGACAGCGUUCGGACGCAGGGUAGCGCCCGGAAGACGGCCGGCUCUUCAGGUUUGCAGAAGGAUGAGUCUCAGGCAUCGCCUGCAAUGUCUUCGGCAACGUCGACACCUACGCCCCUCGAAUCCAUGCGGAGCUUUGGGAACACGCUCAACCCACUUAAUCAUAUUCCCGGCAUGAUCAGAAGCUUCAGCCGUGCUGCUCCGGAAACGCCGAGCACCACCUUUUCGUCCCCCAACACCCCGACCGAGAGAAUCCGGCAAUCGAUCGUCUCCCGCGAUUCUUCAUCCUCCAUCCACAGUACCUCAUCCAAAACUGAUCCGAAGCCCGAGCAGCCCAAAGUUGACCCGCCUAUCCAACGCUUCAUCCAGAUGCAGAACGCCAGCGAAAUGACUAUCGCAGACGUGUCUACCCUUCUUGAGGAUUACAAGCGGCUGGCUGCAGCGUUAUCGAAACAGACCUCGAACUGACGUCAAUGCUGUCGGCGCAGCUACAACAUUCAUUUAGAACAUUUCUUUUUCUCUUAUAUUGAUUCCGUGUAUUAUCAUCUCCAUGGCGUGGGACGUAGUUAGCCUUUGACGUUCCUUUGUGAUCGGUUGGUUCUCUGUGAGAUUGUGGGAUCACUGCUGGCGUUCAGUGUCCCAAAACCAAGCAUGUUGCAUUUUCCAGCCAGUUGGGCAUAUCACCAAGCUUUUUGUCUAGCAUUUUCUAGGACCAACAAUGCGAACCUUCUUUGUCU